AUGUCCAACCUUUUGCUAGAUUCUAACGGGACAGUAAAAGAGUUGGUGUUUCCUAAAGCCCUGGACCUGGACCGGCCGAAACGUGAUAGAACAACGUUCUCCAACCGCCAGCUGGGCAGACUAGAGGAGGAGUUCAACACGAACCAGUACAUCGUGGGCAAAGAUCGCACGGCUCUGGCCAAAUGCCUGGGGCUGUCCGAGACUCAGGUGAGUAGAAGAAUGGACCCCCACUUCUGCGACACAAUUUAAACAGCAGCGGCUUGAGAAUGUUAGGUUUGAAAUGCAAUCUGUGUUAACGUGUCAAGCUCAAUGCUGAGCUACGACCUGCCAAAGUGCUAUACAAAAUGAUUGUUAUAUUAUGAUUAUAGUUUGAUAAAUUAUCAUUUUUCUGUUAAAAAUUCACGGUAGACCAGGUGUGGACAAACUUUUUUGUGCGGAGGGCCACACUGACAAAUGUAACACGCUGUUGGGGGACCGCAUGUAUCUUAUGUCCCAUUUUUACAUGUCGAUAAACAUUUCUCUCUAUUCAAAUCGGUAAAAUCGCAUUUUAGCAUUACAUGAAAAAAGUCAAGGACUGCUUAAAAAAAUAUAAAAUUUGAAAGAAACUUGAUCAAAAAGUUUAAAAAAUCUUAAUGGUACAUGAGAUUCUGUAAAAUUCAAUAAAAUAACUUAAAAACAAAGUAAAUGUUGUUUUUUUUCUAAAUGCCUUCGAGGACCGCAUAUUAUCAGUUGCCGGGCCGCAUGCGGCCCGCGGGCCAUACUUUACCACCCCUGCGGUAGAAAAUUUUAACAAAAAUAAAUUAAUUAAAUUAUCAGAACAACCAGUUAGGAUUUUACGUCUUAGGCCUCUAUCUUAGAAAGGCAAAAUGACCUACUUGAUGUUACAAAAUGGCUUAUAUUUAAUAGCAAAUUUUUACUGCAAAGUUCCACUGUAAAUUAAUUCUAACCUUAUGUAUUUCGUAGGUAAAAGUCUGGUUCCAAAACCGUCGCACAAAGUUAAAAAAA